UCAUUGUUCCUAUCAGUUGAACACGUGAGUUCAUGCAAAAAUGCUUGGUCAAACCCAGCAGUGCCAUGCCAAAUGUAAUGUUGAUCUCUCAUUAUCAUUUGAACUAUUAAACACACACAUACAAUAUGCAUAAAAGCAUGAUAAGUGUAAUCAGACAGUUUCAUUGUCCAGUUCCAUAGGGAAGUGAUUUGUAAAAUAAUUGUCAGGAGAACAAAUUAAAGAAUUAUGAAUUUUUCCAGAACAUUGGCCUUACUAGAGAAGGAAGACUUGUAUAAAAGUAUGGAUGAAGAUGUGGGUCAUGGCAAUGCAUCAGGAGGAUUUGUCUGUGCUGCAAAACAGUUUGCAUCUGUUACACUUGUGAAUGGACCAUAUGGCCUCCUUGGCUGGGCUAUGCUGAUACUUCCUUUAGCAUGUGUUCUGUUAUUCCUGGAAGAAAUGAGCAGGGUUAUCCGAGUAUCUGGAGCAAGCGUGAGAAAGACAGUGAUACUGCUUGCUCUCAUGCCUUUUGAAGCUGUGGCAGCUUUGAUUGCUGAAGCAUUUCCAAGAUAUGCAAUCAUCUGUGAUCUGGCCAUCAUUUUUAUGCUCUCUGUAGCCAUCUUCACAUUCCUCCACCUUAUGUUAGAUUACUUUGGUGGGGACACAGGGAUGCUAAAUGCUUUGUCUGGUUCCAAUUUCAACAUGCGCAAUGGCAAAUGUGGAAAAUUUUGCAUCUGCUUUGGGGAAGAGAGCACAUUGACCCCGGGCCGCUUGUCAUGCAUGAAAAUAUGUGUAAUGCAGAUUUUGUUCAUAAAGAUUGCAGAGAUGAUUAUUGGUACUGUCUUGUACUUUAUUGAUCCUAAACUCUAUUGCCCAGGACAUAUGGAUUUUAACUCUCUGUACCCCUAUCUGACAGUGGUGGCCAUGAUAUCUACAUUUGUAUCCAUGUGGGCACUCACUGUGAUACAUAAUGUGGCACAUGAAAUCGCUCCAGAGUUCAAUCUUACUGGGAAACUGGCCAUCAUUCAGAGCUGCAUCACUUUCAGCAAUGUCCAGCGCUUUAUUUUGAGUCUUUUUUUAAGUGAAAUGGAAUCUUUGAAAUGGCAUCAUUUCAUCUUAAUGAUAGAAAUGCUGGUAAUGUCCCUAAGUGCCAGAAAGGUUUAUAACGACAACCUGAUGAAGGGGGAUGAUGAUCCCAGCAAAAAUGUCCCUCUCAUGCCUACCAAUAGCACAGCCUAUCCUCCUGUGGCACCAUAUGGGGCUGCCCCAGCUGAUACAGGAUACGGUGGAGGUUACCCCCAGCAACAGUAUGCCUACCCCCAGCAAGGUUAUGGUUAUGACCAAGGAUAUCCUCAGCAGGAUUACACUGGGGGACAGUAUAAUCAGGGUUAUGCAGAUGGUUAUGGAUACAAACAAUAAACUUACCAGUGAUAUUACCAGUGGUACUGUGAUGGGUUCAGGAAAAAUCUUUAAAUUUGUGAACUUAUUGAAAAUAUGGAGGAAAUUCAUUAAAUAGUGAUAGAUAUAAGUGUGAUGAAGGUGCAAUAAUAGAUUGGCAAACAAAAGUACUUGAAUAAGAUUUUGUGGGAUGCAACAAAACACAGAGUUGAGGAUGGGUAUUGCAAUAAAUAUAGAGACAAAAAUUGCUUACAGUAUAAAAACUGAUGGACUCCUAAAACAGACAUUAAAACUAAUUGAGCAGGGAAUUGAUGUGAUAAUAAUGAGUUACAUUGGAACAAAGUUAUUUAUGAAACAGUUACGUUUCGCUCUUGUCUAUGUAGAUAUUUGAUCUGUUAAUUAGAUAAUUCAUUAGCUUAUACCUUUUUAAUUUGCCAUCGCUUCAAAGAAGUUAUUGAAGCUAUUGAAAUGGCCUCACAAUAGCUUCAAAGAAGUUAUUGUGAGGCCAUUUCUUGGAAUCCUUGUAUCGUUACCCCUUACAUUCCCUAGAUAAAUUGUAUCUGAAUCAACGCGCGCUCACAUCGUUUGGUCCCAGCACUUGCAUUGUUACUCCCCCACACCACUACUGUAAGAGUAAUAGUAGUAGUAGUAUUUUAUUUUAAUUUUUUUUAUUUUUAUUUUAUUAUUAUUAUUAUUUUUUUUUUUUUUUUUUUUUGGUGCACCGUAAGAGGCCUUCAGUAUUACAUGUAGUAGAUACAGUUGUAGUAGUGAUAGUAUCUCUUAUAUAAGUAGUGUAUAUCUGUGUGGGAGGUAUGUGUUGUAUAAUUGCAUUUUCAGAUGUAAUUUUCAAAUGAUAGGCCUAUUUUUCCUGAAAGUCUUACAUGUACCUCAUUGUGUUGUUUCCCAUGUCGUGUGUAAAUCGGGACAGCCAGUUUAUACUCAUAUAUCUAUUCUUUUAUUAAUUUCUAGUUGAUUAAA